CUCACUGAUGUUGGAGUGACAUUAACUUUGGCUGCUGGUAACAUGGUGUAAUUUGAAAGAGAACCCACAAACAUUAACAAGUCAGAUAAAAGCUGGUUUUCUUUUAGAGCGCCGUCAAUCGAACAAUCUACAACGGGUGACACAUCGGCUUCCGUAGAAAUGAGUUGAAACGCUCGCGCACCUUUCGUCGCGCCGCUGGAUGCUGUUUUGAAGCGAUGCUCGAUCAUAAAUAUGAGCAAUAUUGGGAGAAAAGUGCAGCAGUAACAUUUAUAAUCUGAUCUUUAGAUAUCCGUCUGUCACCUGCAGAAUAAUAUUUGGAGUCUCCCUGCUGGCCUUGGACUCUGGUCUGACGCUAAUAACACACAGGAAGUGUAAGGAAAAGGAGGGGCAUUACCACACACCAGAAUAACGCUGUCAAUCAUUCACACACAACUCGACCUCAUUCUGCUGUUCUCAACAAAGCCAGGUUGUGUGUCAGUAAUGAUGUAACUUUUUGAAUAAUGGAUAGGAAUAACAGGCUGGACAGUGACAGACUCGCACAAGACAGAAAUCCUGACGAACAAGCAUCUAUAAAUCUUAUCAAGAAAAGAAAUAUUGUACAUGCCCCUCCUCGUCCCCCACGGACUGUCCAGCCAGUAAGUAAAGCCCCAGCUAUCAACAGAGACAUCAAACCUGGGAGAAGAUUACCCAAGAGCUCAUCAGAUGGAAGGUUACCGUGUCUGGGAUCAGCCGUCAAGGAUUCUACGGUCACACAAAGGCCGGUUAGAUCUUUACCUAGAGACCUGAUGAGUUUGCCACCUCUACCAACACAGACCAUCACUGACUUUCUAGACCAGAUUGAUGCAUCUCCUCCAUCCAGACCAAUACCAGUUUCACCACAUACCAGAGGCCAAAACAGCCGGUGGACAGAAUCAAGUCUAAGUGAAGUGAAAAAUGUUAAAAACAGACAGCGGACAUCUGAAGGUGAAGUAUCUCAGAGGUUUUCUCUGGAUCUGGAGUCUCAGGAUCUCAGCAGUGAUUGUGUGACAGAGAACGACUCUGGUAUUGAUUCACAUUUAAGGAGAUUGCAGAACCACGAAUGGCCACAAACCAAAGAAGAUUCAGACCACAGCGGUUUCAGCAGCCACAGCAAACCUGUCCAGGGUUUGGAGGAGCAGAACUGGUAUGUUGGUGCAUUCAGCCGUGUGGAGUCUGAACACGCUCUUCACCUGGUCAACCAGGAAGGCGCUUUCCUGGUGCGCGACUGCUCAAGGAACACUACCCAUGAACCAUUUGUCCUUGCUGUGUUUUACGACAAAAAGGUUUUCAACAUUCAAAUCCGAUUUAGUGAGGAAACCAGCAAAUACACUCUAGGAACGGGACUCAGAACCAGUGAGAGGUUUGAUUCCGUGACUGACAUCAUCAAAUUCCAUUCUAUUUUUCCCAUCAUACUCAUUGAUGGACGGAAAACUUUGGCAGCAACCAAUCAAAGGAGACAAUGUGUCCUUAUGUACCCAAUCACAAAGAAGGACAUGACACAUCUGCUAAGUUAAACGCCACAAACGUCUCAUUCAAGAGAGCCGAGCAAAUGUAAAUAAAUGAAAAGUAACUUUUUAAUAAUGUUUCACAGACAACUGGUAUAAAUGUAAAGAAAUAAAUCACUGAAUAAAGUUAAACUCAAAAUGA